AUGUUAGGUGAAUUUAAACAAGUAGUAGAUUUUAGACAAGCUUUGAUAUAUUUAAAACAUGCUGCUUCAAAAGCUGAUGAAGAUUGUCCUGAUGGUGCUUAUGUAUAUGGAAUGAUAUUAGCUAAAGAAUGGGAUAGAGCCGUUGUUCCUGAUGAACUUGUCUCUCCUGAUGAUCAUGAAGCCAGAGAAUUAAUACUACGAGCUGCAAACUUAGGCCACGUUUCUGCUUUAUUCAAGAUAGGUCAAUGUUAUGAAUAUGGCACUUUAGGAUUUCAAUGUGAUCCAAUAUUGUCUGUUGAAUAUUAUAAACGAGCUGCUGAAAAAGGUCAUGUUGAAGCUGAUAUGUCAUUAAGUAAAUGGUAUCUUUGUGGUGCGGAAAAUCUGGAACAAAACGAAGCACUUGCUUAUGAGCAUGCUGAAAAAGCUGCUUUGAAAGGAUUGCCUACUGCUGAAUUCGCUAUGGGUUAUUUUCAUGAACAUGGAGUUCAUGUUCCUAAAAAUUCUGGCGCUGCCAUGAUUUGGUACACAAAGGCCGCAACCCAUGGUAACGAAGAUGCAAGGAAAAGGUUGGCUCUUGAUGAUGCAGGUGUUCGUAGAGAUAAUGAGCCAAACAGCUUAAAAAAGGACAUGCAUAAUGAUAAGAAUUGUGUUGUUCAAUAG